AUGGCCGAAAAGACGGACCAGGUCUCGGUCAGCAUCCCCAUGGAGGAGACCAAACUCCACAGCGGGGCACCUCCGGAGGCGCCCCUGCUCACCCACCUAAAGAAAGUGGAAAAUCACAUCACUGAGGCCCAGCGAUUUUCCCACCUCCCACGUCGUUCCGCCGUGGACCUGGAAUUCAAUGAGCUGUCAUACACCAUCCGCGAGGGUCCCUGGUGGAGGAGGAGAGGGUACAAAGCCCUCCUCAAGUGUCUCUCUGGAAGAUUUAACAGCAGAGAGUUGAUUGGUAUCAUGGGGCCGUCUGGGGCUGGGAAGUCCACCCUAAUGAAUAUCCUGGCGGGGUACAGGGAGACAGGCAUGAAGGGUCAAAUCCUGGUGAAUGGCCGCCCGAGGGAUUUGCGGACUUUCCGGAAGAUGUCCUGCUACAUCAUGCAGGACGACAUGCUGCUGCCGCAUCUUACAACCAGGGAGGCCAUGAUGGUCUCUGCCAACCUGAAACUCAAUGAGAGCAUGCAGGUCAAAAAGGAACUAGUGCAUGAGAUACUGACAGCUCUAGGGCUUCUAGACUGUGCUCAAACGCGUACCAACUCUCUUUCGGGGGGUCAGUGCAAAAGACUGGCAAUUGCCCUUGAGCUGGUCAACAACCCUCCCGUCAUGUUCUUUGAUGAGCCCACCAGCGGACUGGACAGCGCGUCGUGCUUCCAGGUGGUUUCUCUCAUGAAGUCUCUGGCUCAGGGAGGACGAACAAUCAUCUGUACCAUUCAUCAGCCCAGUGCCAAGCUCUUUGAGAUGUUUGAUAAGUUGUACAUCCUCAGUCAAGGUCAAUGCAUCUACAAGGGCACAGUCCCUUACCUCAUUCCAUAUCUGAAGAACCUGGGCCUCCACUGCCCCACAUAUCACAAUCCCGCUGAUUUCAUCAUCGAGGUGGCAUCAGGAGAAUAUGGAGACUUGAACCCAGUGUUGUUUGAGGCGGUCCAAGGUGGACUGUGCUCCGAGGAGGGCAAGAAGAACUCAAGAGACAAGAGCGACUCUUCCUGUCCUUCUCAGUGCCACAGUGUGAGGGAUGCUGGCCGUGACACGGGGACCCUUGAGAAACAUAGCUUUGCCACCAGUUCUUUCACGCAGUUCUGCAUCCUCUUCAAAAGAACCUUCAUUACAAUAUGCAGAGACACGGUUCUAACCCAUCUCAGAGUGAUGUCCCAUCUGUGUAUUGGCGUGCUGAUCGGGCUACUUUAUCUCAAAAUUGGAAACGACGCCAGUAAAGUCUUCAACAACACGGGUUUCCUCUUCUUCUCCAUGCUUUUUCUCAUGUUUGCGGCCCUGAUGCCCACCGUUCUAACCUUUCCUCUGGAAAUGUCUGUGUUUGUAAGAGAACACCUCAACUAUUGGUACAGCUUAAAGGCCUACUAUUUAGCAAAAACAAUGGCGGACGUACCAUUCCAGGUGAUUUGUCCAAUCAUGUACUGCAGUAUUGUGUAUUGGAUGACAGAACAGCCUCCAGAGGCUGGUCGCUACCUGCUAUUCAUGGCCUUGUCCACAUCCACAGCCCUGGUAGCUCAGUCCCUGGGACUACUUAUUGGCGCUGCAUCCACAUCUCUGCAGGUAGCGACGUUUGUCGGUCCAGUCACAGCCAUACCUGUGCUAUUAUUCUCUGGCUUCUUUGUAAAUUUUGACACCAUUCCUAAAUACUUACAGUGGAGCUCCUACGUAUCUUAUGUCAGGUACGGCUUCGAGGGAGUGAUACUCUCCAUCUACGGGAUGAAUCGCACUGAGCUUGAAUGUCCGGGUCUGGUGUGUAAAUUUCAAAAGCCAGAGGAGGUCCUGCAGCUGCUCGAUGUGGAGGAUGCAAAGCUCUAUGUAGACUUCAUGGUGUUGGGCGUUUUCUUUCUCAUUCUCAGACUUGCCACUUACUUUGUUCUGCGGUACAAAGUCAAGUCUGAGCGUUGA